AUGGCUUUAUUUGAUUUCAUAAAAGAAAUCCAAUUUGUUCAUCCAUCUCCGACAGAUAGCAAUAGUGACAUUCCACGGCAGGUAUAUUUCCUUUCACAAGAAACAAUUACCACACAUUGUUCCCAUAAUCCCUCUCUUCUUCCUGUGCUUUCUACAAAUUUCUUUGACUGUCAUCGAUUCGCUUUCCUUUUCUCUCACCGAUUCUCUCUCGAUCUUUUCAGUCUUUUAUGUAACUAUUCUUCCAUAUAUUCCAUUUCUCUCUUACGAAGACAUCAAUCUCAUUCUUUUUCUAUCUAUCUAUCUAUCUAUCUAUCUAUCUAUCUAUCUAUCUAUCUAUCUAUCUAUCUCAAUAUGUUCAUAUCUAUCUAUCUAUCUAUCUAUCUAUCUAUCUAUCUAUCUAUCUAUCUCAAUAUGUUCAUAUCUAUCUAUCUAUCUAUCUAUCUCAGUAUGUUCAUAUCUAUCUAUCUAUCUAUCUAUCUAUCUAUCUCAACAUGUUCAUAUCUAUCUAUCUAUCUAUCUAUCUAUCUAUCUAUCUAUCUAUCUAUCUACCUCAGUAUGUUCAUAUCUACCUAUCUCAGUAUGCUCAUAUCUAUCUAUCUAUCUAUCUAUCUAUCUAUCUAUCUAUCUAUCUAUCUAUAA